ACGUAUCGGCAUCCCAAGAAAAAACAACUUGUCGAACGUAACCUGAAUUGUUAAUCGAGAGACGAGAUUUAAAAUUUUGCAUCUCGUUCACUAAUUUGUUAUUAAAUUUUUAAUUUAUUGAAUUGUGCGCACGUCGCAAUUAAAUGUAUUAAAUAUAUUUAUACUUAUCGAGGCGGUGACUCAUGCAAUUUCAGGUUUUAUCGAACAAUUAAACGAGUGAAAACAUGGUAGAUAUAAAAAGUAAUUCUUCCAUCAUUGGAGAGAGCGACUCACAUUAUGAGUCAAGAAUACGAGCAAAUAGUUCUGGCACAGGAACGUCUACGCCAUCAUCCUCUUCUGAUUACAUGACAGGAGAAGCAGAUGAUAGUUCUGACAGCAAGGGAACUAUUCCGUUCAGCUUAAAAUCAGUAGAAACUAUGCUGUCAUUAUCCAAAGAUGCCUCUGAGGAGGAUCUUCAAGAAAUGGUACGCAAAUGCAAGUCGAUGGUGCUAGAGAGUGCCGAGUGUUCAGACGAGCGUAAAUGGCUUGUUCGACGAUUGAUCGAAUUACGUUUACGCGCGCAGGAAUUGCGUGAGACCUCGGAUGAGAAUCUCUUCGAAACUUGCGUGAUCCUUGGGCAUCAUUUUAUGCCGCAGAAAUAUCACAUCAUCACGUCUGGUCCGGUUUAUUGCGAUCAUUGCAGUGGAGCAAUCUGGGCGAUGUUGCAAUCGUGGUAUAUGUGCAGCGAUUGCAAAUUUAGUUGCCACUGGAAAUGUCUCAACAAUGUAUGCCGUGUUUGCGUGCACGUGGUUGCCAGCGAGGCUGGUGGUUAUACCCAUACAAAAGAUAUUUGUCCUGAACAAGGCCUUUCGAAACAGAGUUAUCGUUGCGCAGAAUGCAAAGUGAGAAUAACAUUCACUUUCUCGAAAGGAUUAUCGCUAUCUUGCUUCGGCAGUUCCUUUAAGCAUACAGAGUCGGCAUGGGUAGAGCCGCGACUUUGUGACUACAGCGGUCUAUAUUACUGUCAAAGAUGUCAUUGGAACACAGCCAUGGUUAUUCCUGCGAGAGUAAUCAGAAACUGGGAUAUGGAACCACGUCUGGUGUCCCGCGCCGCGGCGCAGCUUCUUAUGCUCUUAGAAGAUCGUUCUGUAUUGCCUUUGGAAGAAUUAAACCCGAAACUUUUCACUCUGGUCCCGGAUCUGUCGCUGGUGAAGCGAAUGCGAGAGGAAAUGCAGAUGAUGAAGAAAUACUUGGUUCUAUGCUUAGAAGCUUGUACUCAAGGAUUACCGUGGAAAAUCGGAUUGCGCACGCACAUGAUCGAGAAUUCAGGUAACUAUUCCAUCAAGGAUCUUAUCGAUCUUCAGAGUGGCAUUCUCCUGGACGAGCUUCGGGCCGCAUAUGAUACGAUGCAUGCGCAUAUUACGCAGCAAUGCGAACUCUGUAAAGCAAGGGGACAUUUAUGUGAGAUAUGCGGCAAUGAUGAGAUCAUUUAUCCGUGGGACGCGAGCUCGAUUAUCUGUCCGCAAUGUUCAGCGGUGCAUCAUCGUGUUUGCUGGGCCAAACGCAACCACUGCUGUCCACGAUGUGCGCGUUUGCAAAAACGUCGCGUUUUACAGGGAGAAGAUGAUACUGCUGAAGACUGUGAUACAGACGAAACUACGAAGGACUCUUGAAUAAGAGCGUCAUGAAAUACUGCUGGCAUCGUGAAAUAUUAUUUGUAUAUAAUCGUGUAAUGAUUUAUACUUUGUUGUACCUGUUAUUUUUUUAAAGCAGUUUAAAAGAAUUUUAGACUAUCAUUUUUAUACUUGUCUAUCACUGCAUAUAUUAAGGGUUGUAUAAAAUCUAUUUGCGCUAAUGAAUUUAUAAUGCACAAUCUAAUUAUGAUUAUUAAGUAAAUGUCUAUUUAUUUUUAUUUCAUCUGUCAAUAGCUAAAUACAUAAAAUGUAUAUUAUGUAUAUAAAUAAUUGUUCAUCAAAUUCUGCGGUUAAUUGUGAUGUUACAUUUCUAUCUUCUGCAGAGCAGAAUGUUGAUAAUAAAUUACCUGAUGCAUUGUACAAAUGUGUAAUGCAUACCAUUUUAUCGCAUCAACGAUCUAAAGGAUAAACAAAGAAAAGAUAAAGUAUGUGCUAAGUCCACGUUUAAUUCAUCGAUUAAUAGCUAUUAGCAAUUACGUACUCGUUUACACUUUUGCUAAUUGUAUGGUCACAUAAUGUGGCAUGACGUAUAUGUAUGUUAAUAAAAUUCUUCUCAUUCUUGACAUU